CGCGAAGGAACAGGACUUUAUUGAGGAGUAGCUGCAUCGGUGGAGUGGGGGGGGGAAGCCCCUCGCCUUGCGGAUGCUUGGAGAGGAAAGAAAGGGAGGAGAGGAAGGGGGGGGGGAAGAGAAGAAAAAUUGCGCGCUGAAACAAAUCGUCACUUUGCCGCUUUGCCGAACUUGUUGAUGCGACGCUAUUGCGCCGUUGUCCGUCGGCGUGUGCGCGCGAGCGCGUGUGUCUGCAGUAAGGAUGGAUGGGAGGCGAUACGGCAAGUAGUCUCCUGAGAGGAUUUGAUUCAAGUCCCCGUCGAGGCAGUUUAAGGAGCAGCCUACCCUAGGGUCAGCAUGGCAGCAGGUGUGGCGGCGUGGCUCCCGUUCGCCCGCGCGGCGGCCAUCGGCUGGAUGCCGGUGGCCAGCACCCCGAUGCCGGUCCCCCCGCAGGACAAGCGCAAAGCCCAGGACGGGCUGAUCGUCCUCAACGUGAGCGGCACCCGUUUCCAGACGUGGCGGACCACGCUGGAGCGCUACCCGGACACUCUGCUGGGCAGCACCGAGAAGGACUUCUUCUUCCACGAGGAGAGCCACGAAUACUUUUUCGACCGCGACCCGGACAUCUUCAGGCACAUCUUGAAUUUCUACCGCACGGGGAAACUCCACUACCCGCGCCAGGAGUGCAUCUCGGCCUACGACGAGGAGCUGGCUUUUUUCGGGAUCAUCCCCGAGAUCAUCGGGGACUGCUGCUACGAGGAGUACAAGGACCGGCGGCGCGAGAACGCCGAGCGGCUGCAGGACGACGAGGAGAUGGACGGCGGCAACGAAGUGACGCCGGUCAACCUGACGGCCAGGGAGUACCUGUGGCGCGCCUUCGAGAACCCGCACACCAGCACCCUGGCGCUCGUCUUCUACUACGUCACCGGCUUCUUCAUCGCGAUCUCGGUCAUGGCCAACGUGGUGGAGACGGUGCCGUGCGGGACGCUGCCCAACCGCGCCAAGGAGGUGUCGUGCGGCGACCGUUACGCGCUGGCCUUCUUCUGCUUGGACACGGCGUGCGUGAUGAUCUUCACGGUCGAGUACCUGCUGCGCCUCAUCGCCGCCCCCAGCCGCUACAAGUUCAUGAAGAGCGUGAUGAGCGUCAUCGACGUGGUGGCCAUCAUGCCCUACUACAUCGGCCUGGUCAUGACCGACAACGACCAGGUGAGCGGCGCCUUCGUCACGCUGCGCGUCUUCCGGGUCUUCCGGAUUUUCAAGUUCUCGCGGCACUCGGCGGGCCUGCGCAUCCUGGGCUACACCCUGAAGAGCUGCGCCUCCGAGCUGGGCUUCCUGCUCUUCUCGCUCACCAUGGCCAUCAUCAUCUUCGCCACCGUCAUGUUCUACGCCGAGAAGGGCUCCGCCGCCAGCAAGUUCACCAGCAUCCCCGCCGCCUUUUGGUACACCAUCGUCACCAUGACGACGCUCGGGUACGGCGACAUGGUGCCCAAAACAAUCGUGGGGAAGGUGUUCGGCUCCAUAUGCUCGCUGAGCGGGGUGCUGGUCAUCGCCUUGCCCGUGCCCGUCAUCGUGUCAAAUUUCAGCCGCAUCUACCACCAAAGCCAGAGGGCGGAGAAGCGACGAGCCCAGAGGAAAACUCGGCUCGCUAGAAUCCGUGCGGUGAAGAUUCGGGGCACUAAUGCCUAUAUGCGCUACAAACAAAACGGGCUCCUGAUCGACUCACUGGAGGAGGCCUCCAAGGAGGCAGGACAAGCCCUGGUGGGGAAGGCCGCCAGCCCUCCGUUCGAGAGCCAACACCAUCACCUGCUGCACUGCCUGGAGAAAACCACGAACCACGAGUUCGUGGACGAGCAGACGUUCCAGGCCAACUGCACGGAGAUCUCGGUGAUCAAAAAGUCGGGCUCGCGCACCUCGUCGCUGUCGUCGUCGCCGCCGCACGGCCUGGGCUCGUGCUGCUCGCGGCGCCACAGGAAUAAGAGCGGCUUCAGCCUGCCCAGCACAAACAACCAGGAGCUCAGCACCAUCCGGAUCCCGGAGAGGCCCGUGGCCAACAGCCGCUCCAGCCUGAACGCCAAACCGGACGAGAGGGCGCCCUUGAAAUGCGACCAAGCUUACGUCAGCCCCCGCAUGGUGACCCUGGCCUCCCCCACGGCGAGCUCGCCCGGCCCCGCCUCGGCGUACUCUCAGAGCAACAUUGUGCGAGUUUCGGCCUUGUAGACGCCUGCCCGGAGACCUUUGACCCCCCUCCCCCCGCCACCCUCCCCUCAACGCACCCCCCCAUGCUCAAGGAGACGGGACCAGCGAGCAUGAACCUGCCAUAACCCCGGAGGGAUUACGAGAUGAUUUGUUUCCGGCCGGUGAUCUCAUCUGAUGUCAAACUCUUUCUGCAUGUUUUUUUUUUUUUUUUUUUUUUUUUUUUU